AUGCACUCUCCCGCAAAGACAGCUCUGUUACUGGUCGACAUACAGAACGAUUUUCUUCCCCCAGACGGAUCGCUGGCGGUCCCCGAGGGAAGAGACAUCCUUCCGCAUGUGUAUCGUCUCCUCGAGUGGAACUGGGACCUAGUCGUUGCUAGCCAAGAUUACCACCCACAUGGCCACAUAUCAUUUACGUCGACACACGAUCUGCCCCCAUUCACCAACAUCUCGGUGCAGAAGCCGCACUGUCCACCAGGCGUCAUGGUGCCCCAGAUGCUCUGGCCGGACCACUGUGUGCAAGGCACGCACGGAUGUGAAUUUGAGGCUGAGUUAAAGAAGAAGCUCGGGAAGGAUGUUGUAAUCAUACAGAAAGGAGGAGAUCUGGCCGUGGAUUCUUAUUCUGCUUUCUCCGACAACCAAUACACGUCAUUCACUCCCCUUAUCAAGACCCUCCAUCAGGCAGGGAUUGAGCACGUCGUCAUCUGCGGCUUGGCCACAGAUUAUUGUGUAUACUUCACUGCCGUCGACUCGUGUAAGUUUGGGUUCAAAACAGAAAUCGUCAGGGAAGCGGUGAGGGCUGCUGAUAAGGCCGCGACGGAGCGGGUGUUUGAUGACUUGAGAGGGUGGGGCUGUGACAUUGUCAGCAUAGAUGAUGUCCUUACAGUGUAGUGCACUGCACCGUUUUGGGGGCUUUGUACAACUAACGCGGAUUUGGGUUGAUAGGAUGAC